GGCUUCGUGUUGCAUGGAAAUGCCGGACAGAACAAUGAAGCGGCAAGUCUUGUUGUUUAUCUCAAUCCUUUCUCUUACGUCGGUGGCUGGGCAGGUCAGCUACUCCAUUCCCGAGGAAAUGGCAAAAGGGUCAUUAAUCGGUAACAUCGCUCAGGAUUUAGGAUUAGACAGAAAAAGACUGACAUCAGGCAAAGCUCGGAUUUUUACAGGAGACGGCGCAGAGUUCAUCGAGCUGAGCAGAGAACGAGGAGCCCUCCUUAUCAAAGAGAAAAUAGACAGAGAGGCGCUCUGUGGACAGACGACGCCCUGCGCUUUGCAUUUUCAGGUUAUUUUAGAAAACCCCAUGGAGUUUUAUACUGUUGUUGUCGAAAUUACAGAUAUAAAUGAUAACACCCCAAUAUUUGAAAAAUCUGACAUGAAAUUCAAAAUAAGUGAAUCUGCAGUAGUAGGAGCAAAAUUCUUGUUAGAGAGGGCAAUAGAUCCUGAUGUUGGCAUUAAUAGUCUGCAGAGUUAUUUUCUCACAAAAACCGAGAAUUUUGUGCUGAAAUUGAAAGAUCAGCCCGAUGGAGAAAAGAUAGUUGAAAUGGUUUUACAAAAAUCACUUGACAGAGAAAAACAAGAGGAGAUAUUUCUAGUGUUAACUGCGGUGGACGGAGGAGAACCAAACCUAUCUGGUUCAGCGCAGAUACAUGUUACGGUGCUUGAUGUCAAUGACAAUGCACCUGUUUUUACAAAGACGGUUUAUAAAGCUACAAUACUUGAAAACGCACCUAAAGGUACAGUCAUAACGAAGGUCAGUGCUUCAGAUGUUGACAAAGGUUCAAAUUCCAAGAUAACGUAUUCGAUAUCCAACACUGUUGCAGAUGUACGAGACAUGUUUGAAAUUAAUGAAAUAAAUGGGGAUUUGACAUCGAAAAGUAGUGUGGAUUAUGAAAAGGCACGUAACUAUCAAAUACAUGUGCAAGCCAGUGAUGAAGGAGGACUGACAGAUUCAUGUAAAAUUACGGUUGAAGUGAUAGACAUUAAUGAUAACAAGCCAGUUAUUAAUAUAAUGUCACAGACUAAUAUAAUCCCUGAGGACUCUAAACCAGAAACAGUUGUGACUAUGGUAAAUGUUCAGGACUUAGAUUCCGGAGAUAAUGGCAAAGUUCACUGCGCAAUUAAUGAAGAUAUUCCUUUUACAUUAAAGCCGACAUCAAGUAAUUUCUUCAACCUUGUGACAGACAGUGAUUUAGACAGAGAGACAGCCUCUGAGUAUAAUAUAACUGUGACCUGCUCUGAUGAGGGAGUGCCCUCCCUCUCCAGCAGCGUCACUCUCACCUUACAGAUCUCCGAUGUGAAUGACAACGCGCCUGUCUUUGAGAGGAGCUCAUAUGAGGCCUACAUUGUAGAAAACAACACACCAGGCCUCUCUAUAUUCACAGUGAAAGCCAGAGACGCUGACUGGAACCAGAAUGCCCGUGUUUCUUACAUACUGGAGGACUCCUCUGUUAACGGAGUGCCAGUCUCCUCAUAUGUGUCCGUUAGUGCUGAUAGUGGAGUCAUCCAUGCAGUGCGCUCUUUUGACUACGAGCAGAUCAAAGACUUCCACGUCCGCGUCAAAGCGCAGGAUGGAGGCUCCCCUCCACUCAGCAGCAAUGUGACUGUGAAAAUAAUGAUCCAGGACCAGAACGACAACCCGCCUCAGGUUCUGUACCCAGUCCAGACUGGUGGCUCUCUGGUGGCUGAAAUGGUGCCUCGUUCAGCAGAUGUGGGCUAUCUGGUCACUAAAGUGGUGGCUGUUGAUGUGGACUCUGGACAGAAUGCCUGGCUCUCCUAUAAACUGCAGAAAGCCGCAGACAGGGCGCUGUUUGAAGUGGGCUUACAGAAUGGAGAAAUAAGAACUGUCCGCCAAGUCACUGAUAAAGAUGCUGUGAAACAAAGACUGACUGUUAUAGUGGAGGACAACGGGCAGCCCUCUCGUUCAGCUACAGUCAUUGUUAACGUGGCGGUGGCGGACAGCUUCCCUGAAGUGCUGUCGGAGUUCACUGACUUUACACACGACAAGGAGUACAACGACAACCUGACUUUUUACUUAGUGUUGGCUCUGGCUGUAGUUUCCUUCCUCUUCAUCACGUGUUUAGUGGUUAUUAUAUCAGUGAAAAUCUACAGAUGGAGACAGUCUCGCAUCCUGUAUCACUCCAGUCUCCCUGUGAUUCCGUAUUAUCCACCACGUUACUCGGACACUUUGGGGACAGGGACUCUCCAACACGUGUACAAUUACGAGGUGUGCAGGACGACUGACUCCAGAAAGAGUGACAGUAAGUUCGGCAGAGCUGGUAGUCAGAACGUGCUGAUAAUGGACCCCAGUUCUACGGGGACGAUGCAGCGGAUACAGAGUGAAAAGAGCAUCCUGGAUGAACCAGACUCUCCUCUAGAGGUUAGUCUCAUGGAGUAUGCGUUGUGCAAAGUGUUGCAUUGCACCUUUAGUUACAGCACUUUUUUUCUAUCUAUUCAUUUUGUUGCUCACUAAACUUGGGGCUCUUGG